GAGAGUGGAGAGACCUCAACAGACUGGAGCCAAACCGUUAAUUUCGUUUCAGUCUUACACAUCAUUUACGCAGCUCUGUUGGCUUUUCUGCCUAUUUCCUAUUCAUUCUCUUGUAGGCUCAGGCGAAUGAUAGAGAUUCAGGCACUGAAAUGAAGAAAUCAUCCGGCUCACAGAGCAAAACAGAGAACUUGAACGAUGAUAAGAGGCCAAAGCUCCAAGGGACAUCCCAGAACACCCCGCAGUACACAGUGGAAGGAUUCACAGAUGCCGAACUCAGGAGGUUUGUUAAAUCCUAUGUGAAGUUUGCAGUUCCCUUGGAGCGUCUUGAGUUUGUUGCCCGAGAUGCGCAGCUGGUAGAUAAGUCUCUGGCUGAUCUGAAACAUUUGGGGGAGCUUCUUCACAACAGUUGUGCCUCAGCCAUACAGGAAUAUGAAAAACAGUUGAAAGACAACCCACCAGAAGACAAAGGACCAGGAAAGCCAAAAGGUGCCUUUAUUAAGAUCGGUGGUGUAAAGUGAAUGCAAAGCCAUUAGCCAAUAUAAAGAAGAGAUGGAGAUGCUACAGCAGACAAUUCCUAGUGACC